CAAAAAAAAAAAAAAAAAAAAAAAAGAGAAUCAUCUCCGUCCCAGUGUUAACUAUAUCUCUUCCUCGGGGGUGGUCCACAAGUGACUCUCGACGCGAUGAAAAGGAGACGCGACUGUUGUCAGCCGUGAGGUAAUCGCGCGCGAGUUUUUUUGUUUUCGUUUACUCGCACGGCGGCUAAACUUUGGUGAAACCCUCGACCCGGUGUUUAACGCACGCGUAUGCAAAUAUAGUUCGGGCCGGGGUGCAUCGAGAGUGAAAAUAUACAGCGCAGCCGCGAGUUUGUCCGCUGUGCGCGGAAAAUCAUCGGCCAGGAUGAUGAUAAUGAUGACGGGAGAGUCCGAUUGACCCGAGGCCCAAGUGCCAUAGGUAUAGGAGACAGCGCCAACACAAAAGUACACCAUCGGAUAGACAGGACAAAAGAGUAGGAGCACCGGGUCGACCGGUAGGAGACAGAGCCGGCAGGAUGGGCAGCAGGUCCGUGGAGGCCUCGGUGGCGAAAAAGUGCCGGUCCAAGGAGGGCCUGCUCGGAGGGAGUUCCGAGCAGUACCAGCAGCAGCAGCAGCACAAUGGCAGCUCGGUCAACUGGACGAUGUGCCUGCUAUGCGUGACGAGUCUCGCGGUUUCGGGGCUGCUGGCGUACCGGGAGCACCGGCUCGAGAUGCGCAUCGCCAAGCUCGAGAGCGCCUGCCGAGUGAUGGAUGAUGGACCCCACCAGCAGGAUAACGUGCUCGUCAAGAGGCUCCAGCGGGAGGUCAAGCAGCAGAUCGAGGAGGUGCAGAAGAGCCUUGCCGCCGGUGGUGCUGUGGAUGCCGACGGGAUCUUCAGGAUCAAGAGGGAGUCCGCCGACUGCAGCUGUCCGCCAGGUCCACCAGGUCCUCCAGGACCGGCAGGCAAGCGCGGCAAAAAGGGAAAAAAAGGCGACCCUGGCGAGCCAGGCGCACCGGGACGAAAAGGCGAGACUGGCGAUAUCGGACAAAUGGGAUCUUCCGGACUGCGUGGCUACCCUGGGUUCCCGGGACCCAUCGGAAUGGAUGGACCUAAGGGAGAUGCAGGCCGGCCAGGUGACAAAGGACAAAAGGGAGAGUCCGGAAGCCCAGGAUUCGACGUAUUCUCCGCAGUAAAGGAACUUCAGGCGCAGGGACUAAAUAUCACCGAGCAGCAGAUCAUUACGCUCAAAGGCGAACAGGGCGAGCCUGGUCCUCCUGGGCCUCCUGGUCCCCCAGGAGUCGAAGGGAUCGCCGGUCACGACGGACGGCAAGGGUCACCCGGCGAAGUGGGGCCUGCCGGUGAAAAAGGAGCGCCGGGGCCUACGGGGCCUGAAGGGCCUCAAGGACCAGCAGGAGUUGCCGGAACUAAGGGCGAUAAAGGCGACAAAGGCGAGCGUGGCUUGACGACGUCGAUAAACGGCGAGCCAUUUGCUACGGGUGUCAUCGAGGGUCCGCCUGGACCCGCAGGACCACCUGGUCCUAAGGGAGACUCUGGAACGCCAGGGUUGACUGGUGCCGACGGGCUCAACGGCGAGCCCGGUAUCCAAGGACCUCCUGGAUUACCUGGUCUUGCUGGAACGAAAGGAGAAAAGGGAGAUUAUGGUGAUAUUGGGCCUCCAGGACUUAUGGGUCCUCCUGGAUUACCUGGACCGCCGGGAUACCCAGGCCAAAAAGGCGACAAGGGCGACAAAGGCGAAUCGGACUCUCUGGACUGGAAUAAACAGAAAUACAAAAAAUUAAGGCGGAGACAGGGUGACAGCACGUUUGAAGUGAAUGCUGGUGAAAUGACGGGUUCAUAUAUCAUGGGACCUCCUGGACCACCAGGACCUGCAGGCUCACCAGGACUCCAAGGUCCUCCCGGUAUUAAGGGAGACCGAGGGCGUGAUGGAGCUAAGGGCGACCCUGGUGAAAAGGGUCCAAAAGGUGAUCCUGGCCCCAUGGGACUUCCGGGACCGAUGGGACUUCGAGGGGAAUCAGGGAGGCCAGGAGAAGGAAAACCAGGCACCAUGGGCCCACCUGGAUUAGACGGUAUGAAGGGAGCCCAAGGCGAGCCUGGUACAAAAGGAGAACGAGGAGAAACGGGUUUGCCCGGAACUGACGGGAUUCCGGGUUCUGAGGGACCAAAAGGUGACGCGGGACUAAAGGGCGAUCCUGGACCACAGGGCAAACGCGGCAAGCGCGGCGAGAAGGGCAACAAAGGCGAGCAGGGCGUGCCAGGACUUGACGCCCCAUGUCCCGUGGGACCCGACGGUCUUCCACUGGCGGGCUGCGGCUGGAGACCGCCCAAGGGGCCAACGAGCACGCUGCCACCGCCGAUUGAUGGCCCGGAGCCAGCCGAGACGGACUACGACGAGCAAGAGCAGGAACACGAGCACGAGCACGAGCAGGAACAGGAACACGAGCAGGAGGAUGAGUACGAGGAAUUCCCCGAUGAGAACGCCAACAUGGCUGAGCAAUAAUUAUUGUCACCCGCUGGAGAUGAGAACACUACCACUACAGGGAACAACAACAACCCACACAAUCGACUCGUGCACCGAUGAUAAUGAUGAUGACGAUGAUGCCUUACCUACACCUGUCCAUUACUAUAUACCGUCACGCAUUUAACUCUAAUAUACUCACUAAGCUUUUAUUGCUGACAUUUUGUCAUCGGAGAUCCGUCAAAUCUUACGUCUCAUUUACUAGAGAAAACAACAAAUAAAACAAACAAAACAUUAUACACGUAUCUCCAUACAUAUAUAUAUAUAUAUACAUAUAUAUACAUACACGCAUACUAAUCAAGGCCUAACGAUUGGGACUCACUGCUCGUGCCAAAAAGUAACAUCUUACGCAAGUGGUUGGAGGAGGAAGAUGAAGAGUAAACAUGGACAAUGAGUGAUCUAUUUCGUCGAGGAAAAAUCAUCGAAGAUCUUCCAUUAUUUCUCUCAUAUUCUUCAUAGAGCAUUUGGAUUGACUUAAAAUUAAUUGAAAUGAAACAUGCAAAUAAAAAAAAAAAAAACUUGCCAGUAAGUGUUGUAAAUAAAUGUACCUACAAUGUUAAGCGCCAAUAGAAUGUGUACAUAAAUAUGCUGAAAAUACAAGCAAAAAAUAAAUUUUUUAAUAUUAAAGGAUAAUAAUAUUGGUCUAAGAAAAUGGUUGCAUCAUGCAGAGUGUGUUUGAAUGUGACGCGUUCUAAUGCUGAAAUAUUGUUUAUCUUAAGAAAUCAUUGGUACAAAUUUAGUGUCAGUGAAAAUAUACAAGUUUUUAUUUAAAAAAUUUAUCAAAUAUCUUCUUUUCGCGGCUUUCAGAUAUCGUGUCAGCUGUAGCUCCGGUAUGAAAAAGUCUGUUUCCAUUUAUGUGUAUAUGUGACACUAGAGUUUGUAAAAAAUUAUUAAGAUUAGAAUAUCCUAAAACGAGCUAUUGUAUUAAAAUCCUAGUUUCAAGAAAGAAGUAUUAGAAGUUAUAAUUAUAAGUAAACAUUUAUAGUAUAAUACAACUGUUGAAGUGUAUAAAAAUUACUAUACAACGCUCAUUUUCGUAUACCUAUAUAUAUGAG